CUGGUGAUGAGCAUCCGAUUCAUUCUGCAGUAAAAAUGCUCAGUUUUGUUCUUCAACUACCCACCUGACAUUUAAUAAUUCAGUAGGAGUAAGAAAUACAGUGAUAGUGGUGCUACUGGGAGAUUUCAGCUGCUGUGAACCAUCUCUGCUGUGACACAAGGCUAUAAAGUAGUGAUGGUGAUGAUAUUUUAAUCUUCUGUUGACCAUACAUCUGUUUUACCCAUUUAACUCAUAACUGACGUCAGGAGGCACAGACAGGUCCACUCCCCUCUCAUUAGAAAUGGAGAACACCUUCAGGUUUCUGGGGACCAACAUCUCAGCUGAUCUCAGCUGGACCCAUCACCCUGGUGAAGGCGGCCCAGAAGCAGCUACACUUCCUCCGUGUCCUCAGGAAGAAGAACCUGGACCAGGAGCUGCUGCUGGCCUUCUACUGCUCCUCAGUGGAGCGUGUUGCUCUCCUACUGAGACCCACUACUGAGAACAGGAAGUCUGCACAGAGGAUUAUUAACACUGACCAAAAAAGUCACUGGCUGCCCUCUGCCACCCCUGGAGACCAUCGCCAGAUCCUCCUGUCUCAGGAAAACCAGGGCCAUCCGAGGUGAGCCCUCGCACCCCGCUGCCCCGUGGUUGGUGCCUCAGGUCAAUCAGGUCCACACGAGCCCCCCCCCCAUGGACAUUAAUGCCCAUGGUUGUUGUACCUUUGACCCCAACUGUACAUAACGGGUUAGUAGGUUACUCACAUGUUUAAAGGUGGAACUAUAGUAAAGAGCACAGUAAAGAUAAAUAAUAGAUGCUAAAUGGACUUGGCUGCUGGAACACCUUCAGUGUGCUCUGGCAUUCACUCUAAGACUAAGCACAAUCUGAUGCCCUGCUCCAAAAUACGCCACAGCACAGCACUCACUUCAUCCCCAUCCUCCCCCUGUGUGCACGGAGGCUCUAUCAUUGUGGGAGACAGCAGUUCCACGCGAACAGAAACGUUUCACCGUAUAAUCAGUCAGAAUAACUUUGGUGUGGUGACACUUGGGUCCAAGGGGCAAACGCUCCAAAAGUAUACCCCGCGACAUAAUUACUCGGGUUGUUCAUCAUGUCACCCCUCUGUGUGCGUGGGACAGGUACAUAUCUAACAGCAUCCGGCGUAAAUACACUGUACACCAUUUUUUAUCAUCGUUAUUAUCGCAGCUGCAGCUUCACAGGACGUGAUGGCUGAAAUCAGAUCACAUGGACUCACCUCCCAUCAUUACAAACAUGUUGAACACCUACUAACUACCCCACAUUUAACCACAGCGCAGGCUUCACAUUUAGAGUGGAGUAACCUGCAGAGAGUAAUCAGCAGUUCUUCAGGUCUCCAGUCCUUCAUUAAUAUACUGUUCUCUAUGGGAAACAGCAGCUUUAAGGAUGAACAAGCUUUCUGUGGCAGAUAAAGCUACUGAGCGCAGGGCAAACCAUUGGGUGGAUCCGUCCUUUAUUGAUUUGAGAGAGGAAUGUUCUUCUCUUUCUGGAAGAAGAAAUGGCAACCCUGUUUUAUGCUCCAAGGCUGAAAUGAAGAAGAAGAGGAAAAGAGAAGCUAGCGCCUCCUACCUGCUGAAAGAGUCGUCUCAACUGGACCAGAAUGAGCCCUGGGUGGAGAAAUACUCACCCCGCUCACAGGCUGAACUAGCUGUCCACAAGAAGAAGAUUGAGGAAGUUGAGAAGUGGAUCAGGGUUCACACCAACACAAAGAGUGGUAUUUUGCUGCUGACGGGGCCGUCGGGCUGUGGAAAGACGGCCACAGUCCGUGUGCUGUCCCUGGAGAUGGGCCUCAGGGUUCAGGAAUGGAUUAGUCCCACAAACCUAGAAGCAUACAGCAGCAGUCAUGAGUGGCGAAUGAACGGCUUCUCCUCCAGCUCUCAGUCGUCACAGUUCCAGGAUUUCCUUCUCAGAGCCAACAAAUACAACUGCCUGAAGAUGGCAGGUGAUGGAGGAGUCACACACAGCAAGCUCAUCCUAGUGGAGGAUCUGCCAAACCAGUUCUACAGGCAGCCCGGAGCCCUGCAUGAGAUCCUGAGGGGUUUUGUGAGGACCAGUCAGUGCCCCCUGGUGUUCAUAGUGUCAGACAGCCUGAGUGGAGACAGCAGUUCACGCUUUCUUUUUCCCAAAGACAUCCAGGAGGAGCUGGGCAUUAGCAGCAUCAGCUUUAAUCCAGUGGCUCCAACUGCAAUGAUGAAGGUUCUCACUUGCAUUUCAACCCAGGAGGCAGCAAAGAGUUGUAGAAGCGUGUGCGUCCCAGACCAGACGCUGUUGGAAACGCUGUGUUCAGGAAGCUCAGGAGAUAUUCGCAGUGCCAUCAACAGCCUCCAGUUCUCCUGUUUGUCCACUGAUAGCUGCACGUCAGUGGAAACGGGUUUAUGGAGGACAAAGAAGGACAGGUCACUGUGCAGAGCUGGUUCCACAACAAGUCAAAGGAAGAAGAAGUCCAAACAGGAAGAGGAGCUUGCCAUUGGAGGGAAGGAUGCUUCUCUCUUCCUGUUCAGAGCACUGGGAAAGAUCCUGCACUGCAAACGAGAGAAACAUGAACGUGCUGACGGAGCUGAGGGUGGUUGUGGGCGUGGUCUACCAUCCCACCUGCUGCAUCAUCACAGAGCAGCCUUACUAGUUGACCCUGAGCUGGUUGUUGAGCGUUCUCACAUGUCUGGAGAGUUCUUCAGCCUGUACCUUCAUCAGAACUACCUGGACUUCUUCUGUGAGGUGGAGGAUGUGGAAAGAGCCAGCGAGUAUCUGUCUGAUGCUGACCUUCUCACUGCUGAUUGGAUGAAUCGCAGCGUUUUGGGGGAUUAUGGGUCUUCAGUGGCCACGAGAGGCCUCCUUCACUCCAACUCUCAGCAGGCGUCUGUUGGCUUUAGAGCCCUGCACAAACCCAGCUGGCUGCUCGUCAACAAGAAGCACUGGGAGAACUGUGUGGCUGCCCAGUCCUUGUUCCGGAGCUUUUGCCUGACUCCGGUCAGCCUGCAGACUGAGCUGCUUCCAUACUUGGCCAAACUCACCAACCCUAUGAGGAACCAAGACCAAAUAACAUUUAUCCAGGAUGUGGGGCAGAUGUCACUGAGAAGAUUCUCCAGCAGAUUAAAACCAGAGGCUCUGACAGACAAAGAAUCAGGCGAGCUGGAAAUGGACAGUGAGGAGGAGGAGAAGGAGGUGAAAGAGGCAGGUGGUGCUGAGGAGGGUCUGCCAGCCAGCCAACCCCAGCCCACCUUAAAUCAAGUCCUCCUAGAGGACGAAGACCUGAUCAUAGAGGAAUACAUCAGUGACUGAGCCCUCUGUACUGUAUCCACUGAUACGUUUGUGUGUUCUAGAGGAAGUUCUCUGCUUUGUGAAUAAGUUGUUAAAGUUGGUACUUUUCUAAGUCACAAACCCACCGUGGCCCCAAGCGUGACUCCCAGCAGACCCAGCUCCUUCCACAGUCUGUUGAUGAGUAUUUCUGCCUCUGGGGUAUCAUCAUCUGCACAAACGUUUGUCCCACAGAGCCUGCAUGUCAUCCUGUAGUUUUACACAGGCUGAUAAUCCUGAGGAUCAUUCAUCUUUAGAAUAAUUCUAAAAAUCUCUCCAAGUGAAGCUAAAUUAUUUGGUUCUGUCAGUUAAACUUAUUAUUUAUUGGUUUUGCUGAGUGACUGUUCACCCUGGGCUAACCUGACUGUUCAGGACCAAUGACUGUUCCCCAUUACAGUCUGUGUUUAGUAAAGGAUCAAGUGUAUGAAUAAAUGUAAGAAAAUGAA